GACCUGGUCUGGCUCGAGACCCCGCUGAACCCCAGCUGCGACGUGGCGGAUAUCUCUGCGUACGUGACGGCCGCGAAGGGGAUCGGCGACGUGUGGGUGGUCGUGGACGGCACGUUCGCGCCGCCGCCCCUGCAGCGCCCGCUGGAGUGCGG